CCACUCAUCAUGAUGCAGUUACUGUUGAGCCUUUAUAUGAAAAUGGUACCUUGUGUUCCCAAAGAGCUGUACUCAUUGCUGAAUCUACCCAACCAAUACGCCUCAGCAGUAUUAUUCUUGCUCGAGAAAUAGUGACUGACCAUGAACUACGCUGUGAUGUUAAGGUUGAUGUGAUAGACAGCAUUGAAAUUGUAUCUCGAAGCCGGGAACUCUACGUAGAUGAUUCUCCACUGGAACUGAUGGUGAGGGCAUUGGAUGCUGAAGGAAAUACUUUUAGUAGUUUGGCAGGGAUGAUGUUUGAAUGGAGCAUUGCCCAGGAUAAGGAGUCAGCGAGAGAAGAACUAUCUAGCAAAAUCAGGAUUCUGAAAUACUCUGAAGCAGAAUAUUCUUCCCCAGUCUAUAUAGCUGAAAUGGAAAAAGAAGAGAAACAAGGAGAUACGAUUUUGGUGUCUGGGAUUAGAACUGGUGCUGCUGUUAUAAAAGUUAGAAUUCAUGAACCAUUCUAUAAGAAAGUGGCUGCAGCAUUGAUACGUCUACUUGUUUUGGAGAAUAUAUUUCUUAUACCAUCUCAUGAUAUUUAUCUCUUAGUAGGAACAUACAUUAAAUACCAAGUUGCAAAAAUGGUUCAAGGAAGAAUGACAGAAGUGAAAUUUCCCCUGGAACAUUAUACACUGGAAUUGCAAGAUCAUAGAGUUGCACUUAAUGGGAUGCCUUCUGGGAAAGUGGCUUUACUGGAUGAGAAAACAGCCAUUGUGACUGCCUUCCAACUGGGCCAAACUAAUCUUGUCUUUGUCCAUAAAAAUGUUCAUAUGCGAUCUGUAUCUGGACUCCCAAAUUGCACAAUAUAUGUUGUACAGCCUGGAUUUUUAGGCUUUACUGUUCAACCUGGAGACCGAUGGAGUCUAGAGGUGGGACAAGUGUAUGUCAUUACAGUGGAAAUAUUUGAUAAAAGCAGCACAAAGGUCUAUAUUUCGGAUAAUCUCAGGAUUACAUACGACUUUCUAAAAGAUUACUUUGAAGAGCAAAUAACUACUGUGAAUGGAUCUUACCAUGUAGUAAAAGCCCUAAGAGAUGGUGUUGUGGUGAUAAAUGCAUCCCUCACUUCCAUCACGUCCCAGAAUACAAAUAUUCAGCCUAUGAAAUGUCUAAUCAAACACCAGCAAGAAGUGAAGAUUUAUUUUCCCAUCAAGCUUACACCCAAUUUUCUGGCAUUUCCUCAUCAUCCUAUGGGAAUGGUAUAUCGUUAUAAAGUACAGGUAGAGGGUGGUAGUGGCAACUUCACCUGGACUUCUUCUAAUGAAACAGUGGUCAUGGUAACCACCAAAGGCGUGGUGACAGCAGGUCAGGUCAGGGGGAACAGCACUAUUUUGGCCCGAGAUGUACAAAAUCCCUUUCGAUAUGGAGAAAUUAAGAUAUAUGUCCUGAAACUGAAAAAAAUGGAACUGUUACCAUUUCAUGCUGACGUGGAGAUUGGACGGAUUAUAGAAAUCCCCAUUGCAAUGUAUCACAUAAAUAAGGAGACCAAAGAGGCCAUUGCAUUCACAGACUGUUCUCAUUUAUCUUUGGAUUUGAACAUGGAUAAACAAGGAGUCUUUACUGUUUUCAAAGAAGGUAUUCAAAGACCUGGACCAAAGCACUGCUCCAGUACACAUAUAGCAGCCAAAUCUCUGGGCCAUACUCUGGUGACAGUGAGUGUGACUGAAUAUGAAGAGGACUUGGAGAGCAGUGCCACAUUUGCUGCUUAUGAACCCCUAAAGGCUCUAAACCCCGUGGAAGUGGCAUUGGUGACAUGGCAGUCUGUGAAGGAAAUGGUAUUUGAAGGGGGCCCUCAUCCCUGGAUCUUGGAGCCCUCCCUAUUUUUUUUGGAACUGAGCGUGGAGAAGAUGGAGAAGAUCGAAAUAACACAAGUCCGGCUGCCAGCUAAGAAAAAACAGAACCAGUACAUCUACCGGGUCCUGUGCCUGGACUUAGGGGAACAAGUUCUCACGUUCCGAAUUGGAAAUCACCCAGGUGUCCUGAAUCCUUGUCCAGCUAUAGAGGUUGUGCAGGUGCGCUUCUUAUGUGCCCACCCUGCCAGUAUGUCAGUAACCCCGGUAUACAAGGUGCCAGCUGGUGCCCAGCCAUGUCCUCUGCCACAGCACAACAAACAACUGAUUCCUAUAUCAAGCCUGAGGGACACAGUACUGGAACUGGCAGUGUUUGAUCAACACAGAAGAAAGUUUGAUAAUUUCAGUUCACUAAUGCUAGAAUGGAAAUCCUCUAAUGAAACACUAGCCCAUUUUGAAGAUUAUAAGACAGCAGAGAUGGUAGCAAAAGAUGAUGGCAAUGGACAAACUCGGUUACAUGGUCAUCAGGUCCUUAAAGUACAUCAAAUAAAAGGGACCGUACUAAUUGGAGUCAAUUUUGUGGGCUAUUUAGAGAAGAAAAGCCCCAAGGAAAUUUCCAACUUGCCCAGAUCUGCAGCUGUGGAGCUGCUCCUGGUGGAUGAUGUGACUGUACUUCCUGAGAAUGCCACCAUCUAUAACCACCCUGAUGUUAAGGAAACAUUUAGCCUUGUGGAAGGAUCUGGUUAUUUUUUAGUCAAUAGCAGUGAGCAGGAUAUUGUUACCAUCAUUUACAUGGAAGCAGAAAGUGCUAUCCAGUUAGUUCCAGUACAUCCUGGAUUUCUCACUUUGGAAGUAUAUGAUCUUUGUUUGGCUUUCUUGGGUCCAGCAACGGCCCAUCUCAGCGUGUCAGACAUACAAGAGCUGGAGCUUGAUCUUAUUGAUAAGGUUGAGAUCAGCAAAACUGUAUUAGUGACUGUGCGGGUUCUUGGCUCUUCCAAACGUCCAUUCCAAAAUAAAUACUUCAGAAACAUGGGGCUCAAGCUACAGCUGGCUUCUGCCAUUGUCACCCUAACGCUAAUAGAGGAACAGGACAAAUAUUCUGAAAACUACAUCCUUCGAGCUGUCACUAUUGGGCAAACCACACUUGUAGCUAUUGCCAGGGACAAGAUGGGGAGAAGAUACACAUCAGUUCCUCGACAAAUUGAAGUGUUUCCUCCAUUCAGACUUGUUCCAGACAAAAUGACGCUAAUUCCAACUAACAUGAUGCAGGUAACGUCUGAAGGUGGCCCACAGCCCCAGUCUGUCAUUCACUUCUCCAUCAGUAAUCAGACCGUGGCUGUUGUUGAUAGGAGGGGACAAAUUACAGGGAAGGUGGUUGGCACAGCUGUGGUCCAUGGCACCAUCCAGACAGUAAAUGAAGACACUGGCAAGGUCAUUGUCUUUUCCCAGGAUGAAGUACAUAUUGAGGUUGUCCAGCUAAGAGCUAUUCGGAUCCUUGCAGCUACGACUAGACUUAUCACAGCUACUGAGAUGCCAGUUUAUGUCAUGGGAGUGACCAGUACCCAGACCCCUUUCUCCUUUAGCAAUGCUGACCCUGGGCUCACAUUCCACUGGUCCAUGAGCAAAAGGGACGUUUUAGAUUUAGUGCCCCGACAUUCAGAGGUUUUCUUACAGCUCCCACUAGAGAAUAACUUUGCCAUGGUUGUCCACACAAAAGCAGCUGGACGGACCAGUAUUAAAGUCACUGUUCGCUGUACGAACAGUUCCUCUGAGCAGUUUGAGGGGAAUUUCUUGGAACUGUCUGAUGAAGUUCAGAUCCUGGUGUUUGAAAAACUCCAACUUUUCUAUCCAGAGUGCCAGCCUGAGCAGAUUCUGAUGCCUAUGAACUCUCAGCUCAAACUCCAUACCAAUAGGGACGGAGCUGCCUUUGUGAGUUCUCGUGUUCUCAAGUGUUUCCCUAAUUCGUCAGUCAUUGAGGAGGAUGGUGAAGGGCUCCUAAAAGCUGGUUCCAUUGCAGGUACUGCCGUGUUGGAAGUCACUUCUAUUGAACCUUUUGGUAUCAACCAAACAACAAUAACUGGGAUUCAGGUAGCACCAGUGACAUACCUGCGAUUGAGCAGCCAGCCCAAGCUAUACACAGCCCAAGGAAGGACCUUGUCAGCCUUUCCCUUGGGCAUGUCUCUCACCUUCAUUGUCCAGUUUUAUAAUAGCAUCGGAGAGAAAUUCCAUACACAUAAUACCCAGCUUUAUCUGGCUCUGAACAGGGAUGACUUGCUGCUUAUUGGACCAGGGAAUAGGAACUAUACUUACAUGGCCCAGGCUGUGAACAGAGGGGUAACACUUGUGGGGCUAUGGGACCGGAGGCAUCCAGGCAUGGCAGAUUAUAUCCCUGUUGCUGUAGAGCAUGCCAUUGAGCCAGACACCAAGCUAACCUUCGUUGGAGAUGUCAUCUGCUUCAGCACUCACCUCGUCAGCCAGCAUGGUGAACCUGGGAUGUGGAUGAUUUCCGCUAACCAUGUUCUACAGACAGAUACUAUCACUGGAGUAGGAGUGGCUAGGAGUCCAGGAACUGCAACAAUUUUUUAUGACAUCCCAGGAGUAGUGAAAACAUAUCGAGAGGUAGUGGUCAAUGCAUCAUCAAGAUUAAUGCUCAGUUAUGACCUCAAGACUUACCUCACCAAUACACCCAAUUCAACUGUAUUCAAGCUCUUUAUCACAACUGGCAGAAGCAGUAUCAAUCUUAAAGGAUUCUGUACCUCAAACCAGGCCUCAGCCAUUAAAAAAGAACUUCUUCCAGAGACCCUCAUGCUGUGCCAUGUACAAUUCAGUAACACUUUACUAGACAUUCCAGCAAGUAAAAUCUUUCAUGUCCAUUCUGAUUUCAGCAUGGAGAAAGGGAUUUAUGUCUGCCUAAUCAAGGUUCGACUACAAUCAGAGGAGCUUCUCCAGGCCCUGAGCAUGGCUGACACCUCAGUAUAUGGGUGGGCCACUCUGGUCAGUGAACGCAGCAAGAAUGGAAUGCAAAGAAUCCUCAUUCCUUUCAUUCCUGGCUUUUAUAUUAACCAAUCAGAACUGGUUCUUAGCCACAAGGAUGACAUCGGUGAGAUAAGAAUACUGGGAGUGGAUAGAGUUCUUGAGAAGCUAAAGGUCUUCUCUAGCUCUCCACUUCUAGUAGUCUCUAGCCGUAGGCACUCUCCCCUUACUCCUGGCCUGGCCGUCUACUCUGUAAGAGGGGUCAACUUCACUUCCUUCCAGCAGUCAGCAUCACCUGUUUUCAUCAACAUUUCCUGUAUGCUUACCAGUCAAACUGAGACAGUGACAGUGAGAGUUACGAAGGAUAAGUCAAGUGCAGAUCAAUAUGAAGAUUCAACCAUCUUCAAGCAAUUCAUUGGUUCUUACCAGAUCCUCCUCUUUACCCUUUUUGCAGUGUUGGCAUCAACAGCUUUCAUCUUUCUAGCAUACAAUGCCUUCCUCAACAAGAUACAGACUGUUCCAAUUGUAUAUGUACCAACUCCAGGACCACAGUCAGGUUCUUACACUUCCACAUAUUCUCCCCCUCCUUUCAUGAAUCCACAAGUCCCACUGGCCCAGAGUCGACUACAACAUUGGUUAUGGAGUAUAAGGCACUAACUCACGCUUAGACAAGUCCCCUUUAACUGCAGAGGAAUGGUGAUUUCUAGCUCUGAAAAAGGAACCUAGCGGUAAUCUCUAUGCUAAGCCUCUAAAAACAAGGCUUCUGGGAACUGUAAAUAAAGGACCCUAAGCGGUUUUAUUUUUUAAUUAAAGUAAUGUGUUGGAUUGUGUUGUAAAGAUUCAUUGUCUGUUCUUAACAAAACACGAAGAGAAAAAUCUCAUGUAUGCAGUAUCCCAGUUUAAAAAUCAA